CUUCACCGAAAGCGAAAAAAUUACUGCCCCGCGACACAUCCAUCCAUCGACUUGACGACCCGACCUAACUAACCUCCACACCUCACCUCCAUCCACAUCCACAAUCAUGGCUACCAACGGCGACAAGUUCGGCAACGAUAUCGUCGAGUCCGACUCGGGCUCCGACAACGAGUCUCAGGUCGACCAGCACGAGUCCGACAACGAGGUCGAGGCCAAGCCGCGCAAGUCGGCCCUCAAGAAGGCCCCCGCCCCCGUCGUCCAGAGACCUCCCCUUCCUCCCCAGACCGAUCCCAAGGACCUCGACGUCAAGACCCUCAGCCCCCUCACCCCCGAGAUCAUUGCGCGACAGGCCACCAUCAACAUCGGCACCAUCGGCCACGUCGCCCACGGCAAGUCGACAGUAGUAAAAGCCAUCUCGGGCGUCCAGACGGUCCGUUUCAAGAACGAGCUCAUCCGCAACAUCACAAUCAAGCUCGGUUACGCCAACGCAAAGAUCUACAAGUGCGACAACCCAGCAUGCCCUCGCCCGACAUGCUAUAGGAGUUACAAGUCCGAGAAGGAGGUUGAUCCCCCUUGCGAGCGCGAGGGUUGCGAGGGCACCUACCGUCUGUUGCGCCAUGUCUCCUUCGUCGACUGCCCUGGUCACGAUAUUCUCAUGAGCACUAUGCUUUCAGGUGCCGCCGUCAUGGACGCCGCUCUCCUCCUGAUUGCCGGAAACGAAUCCUGCCCCCAGCCCCAGACCUCCGAACAUUUGGCUGCCAUCGAGAUUAUGAAGCUCGACAAGAUCAUCAUCCUCCAGAACAAGGUCGAUCUCAUGCGCGAGGAGGCCGCCAAGCAGCACUACGAGUCCAUCCUCAAGUUCAUCCGUGGUACCGUUGCUGGAAAGUCGCCCAUCAUCCCCAUCUCGGCCCAGCUCAAGUUCAACAUUGACGCCAUCAACGAUGCCAUCGUCAACACCAUCCCCGUUCCUCCCAGGGAUUUCUCCAUGGACCCCCAGAUGAUUGUCAUUCGUUCCUUCGACGUCAACAAGCCCGGUGCCGAGAUUGACGAGCUCAAGGGUGGUGUUGCCGGUGGUUCCAUUCUCCACGGUGUCCUCAAGCUCGGCGACGAGAUCGAGAUCCGUCCCGGUAUCGUCACCCGUGACGAGAAGGGCGACCUCAAGUGCACUCCCAUCUUCAGCAGGAUCGUCUCCCUCAACUCCGAGGCCAACGACCUCAAGUACGCCGUGCCCGGUGGUCUCAUUGGUGUCGGUACCCGCAUCGACCCUACCCUCUGCCGUGCCGAUCGUCUGGUCGGUUUCGUCCUCGGUCUCAAGGGCCGCCUCCCCGAGAUCUACUCCGAGAUCGAAGUCAACUUCUACCUCCUCCGCCGCCUUCUCGGUGUCCGCACCGCCGACGGCAAGCAGGCCAAGGUCGACAAGCUCGCCAAGAACGAAGUCAUCAUGGUCAACAUUGGUUCCACCUCCACCGGUGCCAAGGUCUCCGCCAUCAAGAAGGAUGCCGCCAAGCUCAUCCUCACCUCCCCCGCCUGCACGAGCAUCGGCGAGAAGGUUGCCCUUUCCAGACGUAUCGAGAAGCACUGGCGUCUUAUCGGUUGGGCCACCAUUGCUGCCGGUGUUACCCUCGAGCCUUCCACCUCUUAAGCGACCACAUAUCGAAAGUUUAUAUCGCUCGAUUAGCAGGAAAAAUGAAAGGUUGUUAAUUUUUGGUUGCUCUAAUGAUGGAAUAUCCAAAAAGUCGUUGGGGGAUGAUUAAAGAAGAAUGGAAACUUGGGCGGCGGACACGGAAGGAAACGGCGUAGCGUGGGGAAACCGGGACCUGUGUUUCUAAAACUAGCCUUGUGAAAUUUGUA